AUGUCCUACGUAAUUCCUAAUCUGACUAUUCCUCUUUCGGCCGCUCAGCUCUCUGAAAUCUAUGGUAUAAAUGAUGUCUCUAUACAUCCUUCACGCAUAGCAAAGUCGAAGCACUCGCGAACAAAAAAGGACAUUUUAAACCAAACUAUUGAUUUUCCCCACGCCCCCGCAUCAUUCAAGAUGAUGCUUUCCCGAAAGCCUGAUCUUUGAUUGCGAGGGGAAUCAACGAUGUCACGCACCACGGAUCCCCUUCACAACAUCUCGGGGAAAAAUCCCCGCACCCGGAUAUUCUUCCAGUCUAGACUCCCGACAGUAAGGAACAUCAGAAUCGGCUUCCCC